CGCGCGUCCUCGCCCGUCCGGCCGCCGUCCCACGGACAUGCCUGCGUAGCCUUCUCCUGGGCUGGGAUUUGCUUGAAAGUCCUCUUCAUGGAAGCGAUGUCCCCCCAGCAGGAGACUCUAGGGGGGCAGCCGGGGCGCUCCUCUUCCCUGACAGGAGUGUCUCGGAUCGCGGGCGCCCCCGGAACCAAGAAGAAAAUGAAAACACUAGCAGAAAGGAGGAGGAGCGCUCCGUCUCUUAUCCUGGAUAAAGCCCUGCAAAAACGACCUAGUACCAAGGAAAGUCCUUCUGCUAACGUGGACACAUGUGCAUUUCUGUCAUCAUUUUUGUGCUCCAAUAGGACUCUGUUAAUUGAUGGCCGGGUAGAACUGAAAAGAGGUCUGCAGAGGCAGGAGCGACAUCUUUUCCUGUUCAAUGAUCUGUUUAUCGUGGCCAAAAUCAAAUAUAACAACAACUUUAAGAUAAAAAAUAAAAUAAAAUUAAGUGACAUGUGGACGGCAAGCUGUGUGGAUGAAGUGGGAGAAGGCAACACCAAUGCCCUGAAAUCCUUUGUCUUAGGCUGGCCCACAGUGAACUUCGUGGCCACUUUCAGUUCUCCAGAACAGAAGGACAGAUGGCUCUCUCUCCUUCAGAGAUACAUCAAUCUAGAGAAAGAGAAGGACUACCCGAAGAGCAUUCCCCUCAAAAUCUUCGCCAAGGACAUUGGGAAUUGUGCCUAUUCUAAAACUAUAACAGUAACGAAUUCAGAUACAGCAAAUGAAGUUAUCAACAUGUCACUGCCAAUGUUAGGGAUAACUGGCUCUGAGAGAGAGUACCAGUUAUGGGUCAAUUCUGGCAAAGAAGAGGCACCAUACCCACUUAUUGGGCAUGAAUAUCCCUAUGGAAUUAAAAUGAGCCAUCUUCGAGACACUGCACUCCUGACGCAGGGAUCAAAGGAUUCCCCCACACCUUCCAACUUCCAAGAGCCCUUCCUCAUGGAACAGCUGCCCCGAGAGAUGCAAUGCCAGUUCAUCCUGAAGCCCAGCCGCCUGGCUGUGGCCCAGCAGCUGAGUGAUUCAGGUCAGAAGACAUUUAAAAGGAGAAGAUCUAUCAUAAACUGGGCCUUCUGGCGGGGCUCUAGCACUCACCUGGAUAACUUGCCCAUGUCACCAACAUCUCCUGUGCCAGGACAGCUCUUUGGGGUUUCUCUGCCAAAUAUCUGUGAGAACGACAAUCUGCCCAAAGCUGUCUUGGAUAUGCUUUUCUUUCUUAACCAAAAAGGACCCCUCACAAAAGGCAUCUUCAGACAGUCGGCCAAUGUGAAAUCCUGCAGAGAGCUGAAAGAGAAACUGAAUUCUGGAGCUGAAGUACAACUAGACUGUGAAUCUAUUUUCGUGAUAGCAUCUGUCUUAAAGGAUUUUCUACGAAAUAUUCCAGGAAGUAUUUUUUCGUCAGAUCUCUAUGAUCAUUGGGUCUGUGUAAUGGAUCAAGGAAAUGAUGAAGAGAAAAUAAAUGCAGUUCAAAGGCUAUUAGACCAGCUUCCAAGAGCCAAUGUUAUUCUCCUAAGGUAUCUUUUUGGGGUAUUAUACAACAUUGAGCAACAUUCCUCAUCCAAUCAGAUGACUGCAUUUAAUUUAGCAGUGUGCAUCGCUCCUAGUAUUCUUUGGCCUCCUACUUCCUCCAGCCCAGAACUAGAAAACGAAUUUACAAAAAAGGUUUCUCUUCUUAUACAAUUUCUGAUUGAAAAUUGCUGUCGGAUAUUUGGAGAAGAAAUCACUUCCCUCUUGGGAGAGGUUUCAGUGAGAUGUGAUACUAGAGAGAAUGCCUCAGAUAUCUCUUGCUUCCAACUGAAUGACUCCUCCUAUGACAGCUUGGAGAAUGAGCUGAAUGAGGAUGUUGAUGCCCCGUGUAGUGACUUGGUAAAGAAACUUGGUCAGGGUAGCAGAAGCAUGGACUCCGUGUUAACCCUCAGUGACUACGACCUCGACCAGCCUGAGGUAGAAGGUCUUUUAACCCUGAGCGACUUUGACUUAGACCAUUCUAAAGAUGAAGACGUUCAAAUGGAGCAGCCUCUUGAAUCCAAGCCAGUGAACAUUGCAGUGUACACAAAGGACCCCCUGCAGGAUCACACCAGGGCCCCCUCUGGCAUGAGCACGCCCAGCCACCUGUCCACAACUGCAGCAGAUGCUCCAAAAAGCUUGAGGCGACACCGGCGCUGCUCAGAGCCCAGCUAUGACUAUCUAGAUUCAAAGCUUUCCUAUCUCAGGGAGUUUUAUCAGAAAAAGCUACGCAAGUCCAGCUGUGAUGCAAUUCUCUCAAAAAAAGAUGAGAGCCAUCUGAAUCAGAAUCAACCCCUCCAGGAAGAGGGUAAGACAUGUUUUAAAAAGAGUUUAGUCAUAGGCACUGAUAUCAAGAAAAAUGCCACUAAUAAAAAUGUUAAGAAGAAAAGCUUGUCUGAUAAUGAAGGAAAUCAUGUAAAACUUUUUCCUAAAUCCAAGCCAGUGGCUAUUUCCAUGGCAUCUUAUAGUCACAUGUCCUCAUGUGAUCAUCCCAGGAACCAGACCUUUGAUACAGAUACGUCUGGAUACUCCCCACCACACACAACAGAUGCCCUCAAGAGUUCGAGGAGGCACCGGCGAUGCUCAGAGCCCAACAUUGAUGACCAACACUGCAAACUGACCUAUCUCAGGGGGAUUCAUUCAAAGAAACAACAUAAAGCCAGCUAUGAAGCCAGUCUCUUGCAUGGAGAGGAAGAUUAUCUCAAGCGGCACAAGUCUUUGCAAAUGGAGGGGCAAAAGCUUAUUAAUCAGAGUUUGGUCAUGGGGAUUGAGGUGGGCAAGACUAGUGCCACAAACCAAAACACUGAUAAGGUUUUACCCCCAAGAUUAAACAUUUGCUCAAGGACUAGCUAUUCCAGCUUGUCCUCCCCAGGCACUUCUCCAUCUGGCUCAUCAGUGAGCUCCCAAGACAGUGCUUUUUCUCAGAUUUCUGAACACUCCGUGUUUACACCCACUGAAACUUCCUCUCCAAUAGAUUGCACUUUUCAGGCUCAAAGAAAACAGGAAGAGCUUUCUUCUGACUUUAGCAGUUCCAGCCUCAUUUCUGGAAUUCCUGGUCCCUCAUCAGGGCAGGCCAGCGGCCGCCUAGCUUAUACAAAAAAGGACAGUGUAGAGUGGCAUUCACAAAUGCAUUCUGUAACUCUUCACCCCAGCACAUGGUUGAGAAAUGGAGUAGCCAGUUUGAAAAACUGGUCCCUCAAAAAGAAGGCAAGGGCACCCAGACCAGAGGAAAAUAAAAUAGGUUCUGUAAAAGGACACACGGAGCCUCCUCCACAUGCUUCUGGUGUUUCAGAAGCCAACGCACUGGAUGAGAGACAGAAAGACAUGCCCCGAAGGGCGGCUGAAGGGCUUGGAGCUGUGCAAACAGCCCGCUGGUAUAGUUCUUACCCCAGCCAGGACUCAGAGAAACACUGUAGCUCUCCAGUCAGCCUAGUGGAAGACAGACUCGGGCUUUGUAUGAAGUCAUCCGAGGAAGGAGAGAUUAGUGGGCAGUGUUCUCCUGGUACUCUGCCUCAUGGAAGAUCCUCACCCAGCUCUUUGACUGUGGGUCAUGUGUGCAGCCCAGACUCAGGGCCUACAGUGGUUUGUGAUGUUGAGGACAGACAUUUGACCAAAGACAUUUAACCACAAUAAGAAUCUGAUGUCUACAAGAACAGAAACUGGGCUAAUCAUGAUAUAAAGAUAAUAAUUAUUAUGACCUCUUUGUGUAAAAUACCUGGGAUGGGUAGCAUAAGGAUAAUCAUUGCUAAUACUUAGGACAACAAAAGAAUUCUCUUUAUUGAGACUAUUUGGCAAAAAGUUUAGACUCAAAAAUUUUGUCACCUAAGUGUUUGGGAGGCUUUUCCUUAUUAGAGCAUGGUUUGGUCCUGUCAUGCGUUUUAAGAGCUACAAGCAGAGGGCUAGAGAAAGCAUCUUCUGUAGAGGAAACAUGCCAUGUAUGAUGAAAUUAGUAACCUGAGAAAGCCAGGAUGUCAAAAGUGAAGAAUAGGAACUGUAGAGAGGGAAGGGUGCAGAGAAACCAUCCACAUUCCAUGGAAUGUGUUUAAUAAGGAGGCAAGAAAAAUGCCACUAAUCAAAGCUACAGAAGGAAAACAUGUUCAAGAAUAAAGGAAAUUAUUUGAAACUUUUCCCCAAAUCUGAACCAGUGGCCAUUUCUGUGACAUAGUCAGUCACAUGCCCUCACAACAUCAUUUCAGGUGUUAGCCCAUUGAUGCAGCUAGAGAGGAAGAAAACUGCAGUGAUUCAAAAGCCAUGAGUACCAUGAUAUAAUAGUUUUUUGUUUGUUUGUUUUGUUUGGUUGUGUUGGUUGUGUUUUUCCAUUAGUAUUUCAUUGCUCCGCAGAGGUUCCAGGACACAGAACUAUGAGGAGAAAGAAGAAGAUGGUUGCUCAUUUCAGUGUCCUUGCAAGGUGCCUGAGCUAGAAACGUUCUCCAGAAAUUCAUUUUUCCUAUUACAAGGUGACCUUCUGACUGUGUUUACUGUCUUAGUGUGGAGGAAAAAACUGCCACAGCAGUCCUUUCUCUAUUACACGAUUGCUAUUGCCAACAUGUGAUCAAAGCAUGGCUCCUCUUUGCUGAAAUGUUUUUCUGCUCCUUGCCUCUUAGAUUAGUCAGCCAGAAAAAAUUACUGGUAAAUCAUCCCUUUUCUGAUUGUCACUUGGCAGUUGAGAACAGUUUUGAGGUUGGCAGGUUAUAAAGAGUCACAGAAUAGAGGAGCCAUAAGAGUGGCUGUCAGGCCUUCUUUCAGACAGUCAUCGGCUUUGGAUUUUCUUACCUCCAGAAGUUUUUACAUAUUAUUUGUCCCAAAUGAUUCAUGGUUUAUACCCAUUGGUUUAUUUCAUAUCCAUGGACAUUUCUCCUCUCUCUUGCCUUAAAGUUUAUACCAGUACCUCUCCUGGAUUAUUUCCAUGGAUUAUUUGGUCUUGUCAGCCAGUGUGAAGGGGUAGAAUCAGAAAUGGAUGUGCAUCUUCCUUCAUUUUAAAUACUUACUUAUAAGAAGUUGCUUAGAGCCCAUUUGGUUUCUUUAGUUAAGUAUCAGAUGGGCCUUCCUCCCACAAAUUUGCUUAUUCCAAAUUAUUUUUCUCAGCCACCCAGAAACUUUCAUGUCAAAAUGUUCUUUCACUGUUGUCCUAAAGGUUGCAUUUUUCAGUUAUAGAAAAAACAAUAAUGUUUUCUGUAAGAUAGAAGAAGUCUUUUCAGUAUUAGCUAUAGGUGCUACCUACCUCUAGGGGACAUGGCCCUGUUUGUCCUAAGCAUUAUAAUUAACUUUUAGAACCCUCUCCAAAGAGCUCCUUUAUGACACUGGCCAUCUCAGUCACAGAUGUGAAGUAGAUUUUACCUUAUAACUAACCACUCCUAUAUUUAGACUCCUAAGUGUCCAUAGGCAUCUUUUGUGGUAUAAUAUAUAAAGGCAACAGGGAUUCCCCUCACCCUUAGGGCAUACUACUGCAGAACCACAAGAUGUGAAUGAAGCUCUUACGGCUUGGAGUGUCUUUCCAGAAGAAAUUGCUUCUCUACUUAACAAAAUAAUAGUUCUAUCCUCUUUGCUUUCAUAUUGAUGGAUAGGAAAUCAUCCACUCAGUUUGAAGCAUGGAAGAAAAUAGAUGCUGAGGUUCUUCAAUAACCAUUCCUACUCUCUGUGUUCCCUUAGAUACUCCUGUAACAUUUAAUGUGAAUAGUUAAUAUUGCUGUAAAGUAUUAUAUUGUAUGAUUUGAAGACAGACUACAUGUCAUUUUAUUAUACUCUGUCAAUCUAUAAUAUAUUAGACCAAUGCUUUAUCUAAAAUGCUUUUGAGUUUGUAUAAUAUAUCUUGACAAAUUUUACUACCAUAUGUUAUGUAAUAAAUGUGUAUUUUUGUACUUGCAGAAACUGCUGCUAAAUUUUAAAGUUGUUUGGUUUUAAAGGCACUGAUAAUGGAUAUGUAUGAAGUCCAUUUUGUCUAUUAAAUAAAACACCAUUCUUCAGAGUUAACAGUCCCACCAGAGCAAUAUUGCCCUUUGUAGACUCGUUUUAGCUAAUGAGCCCAAUUUCUGCUUAACAUUGGAAAUUUCAUAAAAUGUAAUUAAUGUUGAAUUGGAACUUUGAGCUUUUAGUCAUAGGCCAUGGUCAGUCUCUCUAGAAAAAGAGGUUUUUUCUUUUAUAGUUUUCUAAUCUUACUGUUUACCAAACAAGUUAUGCUUCAGACACAAAGUCUUCAUUUUUCUUAGAUACUAUAUUUACACUGCACUCCUAGAAUCAGAUACGUAUUAAGUCUAUAUUCUCAUAUCAGAGAACCAUCAACUCAGUUUAAUUGAUUGUAUGAGAUUUUCUUGUCUAAAUUUGAACCAUUCUGACCAGAGUAUCCAGUUGAUUCCAGACACAUCCAGACAUUCCAAGAUGUCUGGAUCCAGAUACUACAAGACAUCAGUACUUAUGAAGUUGUGUAAACUUAUCAAAUAUUCUCAUUUCCCAUGACUGCUGCAUCUUUGCCUUCUCAAAGUUCAUGGAAGUUCACUCUGUGUAAGUUUAAGCACCAUUUCAAGAAGAUUCAAAAAAAUAUACUACCUUAGUCCAGAAAAAAAUGGUUUGCUCUGAGCAAAAUGCAAAGAUGAUUUUUGCUUUUAAAGAAGAGGCUUAAUCUACUAAAAACAUUGGAUUCAAUAAAUUAUCUCACUUUGUGUUUUUCUACUUUUCAUGGCAUGGCAUCGAAAUGAAAGGAUCUAAUGUAUCCUUGAACCAAUGGCAUAUUUUGUCUUUGAAAAUAAGAAUAUUAUGUAUCUUAAUCCAAAUUAUGGUAGUAAGUGUUUCACUGAUCUUUUCCUACCUGGUCAUGUUUUAAUGACUUGAGAGGAAGUCUUUGCAAACUGUUUAU